AUGCCACUCUCAGGCUCGAUAGACUUGUCUCUCGCGAUACAAUCACUACACGUUCGGAUCGCAGACCUCGGUAGACGUGAGCAAGAGGCCCGCAAUAUUCUACAGUACAUCUGUGACCAGAAACAUGUCCUAGAAGCUGAGCGUGCGUGUCUCGAAGCACAGCUCAAUCCUUUCAACAGAUUGCCCACCGAACUGCUCAUUCAAAUUUUCCUCCACUACGUGUACGCUGAUGAUUCUGGAAGUUCAAACGACGGCAGCUCUAGCUUCUACCGGCCACUGACCUUGGUGGGCAUCUGCCAACGAUGGCGCACGGUCGCCUUUGCCGCCUCGGCGUUGUGGACUCGUGUCUUGUUUUCGCACCCCCACAUGGUCUCUCUGUUCCUCGAACAUUCUCGCGGCGCUCGUCUGGACCUAGUGGGUGGCACCCCGCAACCGCCGUAUGUCUCUUCGGAUUUCUUCCAGAGCAUCCGCGACGCUCUCGCACGGGUGCGCUCGAUUUCGUGGAGCUCUUGCACCGAAUCUGUCCGUGUUAUCUUCGAAGCCGUCGCCGGCGCGCUCUCUCUUCCGAGCUUGGAAAAUCUGGACCUGGUUGCCCAAGCGCCUGGUUUAUCGACUAGCCGGCGUUUAUCCUCCGGCACGUCGCUCCCAGCUCUUCGGACUUUUCGUCUCGGCUUGGUCUCCCUCUCCACUCUACCUAUCUGCCAGCUUCCGGCUUUGCGCUCCCUCACCCUCAGCUUUCCUCCUGGCGAAAGGCAUGUCCGAUUGGAGUUAUCUGCGCUCUGUGCGCUGUUGUCUCGCGCACCAAACUUGCAUGAUCUUAUUCUGGACGAUGCCAUACCCGUCAUGGACGUUUAUGUUCUUCUGGGAUCUAGCUUCGGCAACUUACAGGGCCUGCAGCCGCCUUACUUUGCAUCGAAGACACCCAUCCACACCCGAUCUAUUGCUAUGUCUCAGCUGCGUCGGCUCGACUGGAGCUUUGCACCACCCCAGGAUCUGUGGCUUUGGUUCAGCUUCUUGGAGACUCCUUCACUUAUCCGACUUGAUCUCUGCCUCAACAAGGGGAGUGUAAGGUGGGAACAGAGCUAUGAGCACUUUGCGCGAAACCAGCUCAUAUCCCCGAUUAUCGGUGGGGCCCCGGAUCCCGUCCAUCUAGAAAAACUAGAGGAACUCAGCAUUGAGUGUGUCGAUAUAGAAGGUCUAGUGACGGUGCUAAAGAAGCUCCAUUUCUCCCGUCUGAAGAAGCUUGCUCUUGUUUACAUCCCUCCCCACAUGGACCGCAUACUGUUUCUGCCCCAGCUCCCUCGCCAGGAGUCUAUUUUCCGUGAGCCACGUCUCCUGCUUUUGACAAAUCUCUCUCUUGCCUACCUCCAAUUGGACCCUGAGAACUUCCAGCUGAUGCUGCGCUACAUGCCCCUCCUUGAGUCUUUCUCCCUGCGCACAUGCCCCGGUGCCGGAAAGGUGAUCUGCACCCUCUCUGGCGGCUCGUGCACCAAUGCGCACCGCAACCCCACGAGGAUCUGGGUGUGCUCGCGCCUGCGCGAGAUCAAGCUCUUUGAUUGCGCCGACGUGAAGUUUAGCUGCCUCUCGGGGCUGAUCCGGGCCAGGAGCGCGAGCGUGCGGGCUAACGAGGGGAGUGGUGCGAAUGCGGGGGUGGCUGCGAGGCCCGACCAGAGGCCUAUCAGGCCGCUCAAGAGGUAUCCGUGCCUUGCCCAAGGUGGACCUCCUGCGACACCGCCUAGGAAGCUGACUGUGGGAGGCGCAUCAUCUCCUGUGACUGCAGACACGCCCAAUAGAGGCUCCGUGUCGGGGUGGAACGCGCCGCUGGAGGUCUCGACCCCGACGAAGAUCGACUCCGUGUGCGUUGACGGGUGUGUGUGCGUCUCGGAGAUAGAGGCCAUGACGCUGCAGGAGCUGGGUGUCUCGAGCGUUGUUUGGUAUCCCUGA